AUGGUUUAUUUAAUCAACUUUGUAUCUAUGUUACUUCACUCUUUUUUCUUCCAUCCUCUAUCUGAUCUGUUGGCUACCCUCAGGAACGACCUUGAUCAUCUAGACGGGACUAGUGGGCUGUCCGGUUUCUCAUCUCGCUACGCGGAUAGCUUUAAUCUCAGCCUUGAUGUAAUGGUCUCCCCAUUCGACCGCCCUCGGGAGGCCAACUGUCUUGUUUACCCUUGGGAAACUCUUCCUUCACCAUCGGUUCGUAUCCCAAGGCUCUGUGUUUCUGACCAUACAGAGCUAGCCAGUCUACAUUCCGAGUUUCUACGUCUAGUAUUUUUUGGAGUCAUCCGCUCUUUAUCUUGCUUGCCCCAUUUUUCCCUAGCUGAACGGCGGCCAGGCCCCACAACCUCCACAACUCAAACCGUAGAUUUGCCGAGCGACUUGCAUCAGUCACAUUUGGCAACUGCCCCCUCAUCUCCUGUUAACUCUUCCCAAUGCCGUUCCUCUCCUCCAGCUUAUUUGAUCAACUCGACCGACCUUUCUGGUUCUGUCGAACGACUAGAUAAUGCAUCGAGUCUUUUGGAGCAAAACAGACCAAUUGGAGAUGAUACUGAUGUUGGACCAAGGUGUGAAAGCUCUUCAUGCUCCUUCUCAGUGGAACCUGAGGUCGAAAACCUCGGGACUAUCAAAGGAUCUGAGGACCCCGAAAUUAAUGCAGAAGUAAAUGAGGUACAGCUUAGAUUGUUGGUUUUGACGGACAAUACAAUUUACCCAUCAAAUCCAAUCAAAACGUACUUUAGAAUUAAGUCGGCCGACAAUACAGGCCGUAUGAGUAAGUUAGAAAUUGCGAAUCACCCAGUCUGUAAAUAG